UGCGAGUGACACGAGUUAUUGCAAGAUUUCGAGGUUGUUUAUAGGCCGGUGCAUUUAAUUGCUUGGCAUGAAGUGGCAACUUGCUGUUCACUUCAGCGGGUCGGUUGACGGAUCGCUGUGGACAGGCAUUAAAUUGCUUUGGAAGGCAGCAGAGGAAAGCCGCAUAUCCUAGUCAUUCAUACAAAUAGGUGGAUGAGACAGGAAGUGAAGUGUUCAGUCCAGUGAUCAAAUAAGCAUUCUUUCAGUGAGAAAUUAAUCCAAUAUCAGAAAAGCUAAUAGCCAGUAUUUUGUUAUCGAUUCAGGCAGGCAGUGGCUAUUGCUGACAGUCGUUAGCCAACUAUUCCGGCAAUUCCUGUGAACUAGUCAGUCAGUCGUUAUCCGGACAUUGGAGCAGCCAUUAGAUAGCUAUUGAGUCAGUUAUCAGCAGUCACCGGUAGCGAUUCAAGAAAGUGGACAACAAUUCGGGCAUCAUCAGUCAUACAUCCCAACAGUUCUUCGCCAGUCAUUAACAAGUUAAUAAUGCAGACAUUUGCAAGAUAUUCAGUCAUUAGUCAGAUUUUCGAUAGUCAGUUAUUUUAAGACAUUUAGACAUUAGUCAAAUGUCUGACAUUGGUUAGAUGUUCAUGAAGUAAUUCACCAAGAUAAUCAGGGAGUCCUUUCGCCAGCUUUUAAAGCAGUAUUGAUCAGCUGUUCAGUCACUAAAAGUCAAUUGCGAUAUACUGUAUUCACACAGUAAGUAGCUAAUUAUUCAGUUAUAAGCCAGAUAUUCAGAGUCAUUAUCAAGUUAUUUAGACAAUCAUUAGCCAGAAUGACAGUCAUUUGCCAGAUAUUCAGACAGUCAUUUGUCAGAUAUUCACAACGCCAUUAACCAUAUUCACUCAGUCAUUUAACCAGCUAUUCGGAAAAGCAAUUAGGCAGCUAUUUUGUCAGUCAUUAAGCCAGCUAUUCAUGCACUCGUUAGCCGGGCAUUGGACAGACAUUAACUAAUAAUUAGCCAGACAUUAGCCAGCCAUUGAGGCAGUAAUCGUAGGCGGCCAUACGAAAGAGGAAAAAAGUCAGGGAUUAGGCAGUCAUCAUCGAGACAUGUCAAAGCCCGGAGAGUUCACGGAUCGGGCAGUGCUGGAUCUGAGAUGCGGCUUCUGUGGCAGGCGCGUGUCUCCGCGGGGCAUGCGGGCGGUGCUGCUGUCUGACCCCAGCACUCAUCUCUACUCCACAGACGCGCCACCCACGUGUGCGGUAGGGCUGGUGGGCCCUCUCUACUCUCCCGAGAGCUGCGCCUGCCGGGUUCAAGAUGCGGCCUGCCUCACCUGUGGAAACGCGCUGGGAUACCACGUGGCGGUGCCGUGCCGCCCCUGCCUCCUCUCCUGCCACAACGGCCACUUGUGGAUGUUCCACAGCCACACGUGCCGUGCCACCGAGCGCCUCGACUCAUCCGGAGUCGCCGUUCUCCUGUGGGGCGUCCUCGCCGAGACGGAUGACGACGACGACGACAGGUCUGGAGGAACCCCAGGGCAUCCGCGUGGACCUCAGCCCGUGGCGAGAUGAGUCUGAGUGGAGCGGAGGCACGCGGCGUAACGGACGCACGGUGGCGUGCAGAGCUGAGCAGUUGGUGGCUUGCGGCUUCCACGUUGAGGACGCCAACACAUUCCGCUUCGAGUUUUCCAAGUCUCUGGCGAUGACGUGUGCUUCAUCAUCAGCGGGGUUUUUUUUUCUUCCACGCAUAAGAAUCACACAGAGAUCAAGAGACUCAUGCAGAGACCCAUCGAUUCACAAAUAAGCCCAUAGACAAAUACAGAAACCCAGACUCACACAGAGGCCCAUAGACUCGCCUAUAUGCGAAUCAGAAUAUGUUUCAUACUGGAGGAAUCCGAUGAGCUAUAAAGAUCUUUUCACAGAUGUCCUCAACGACCAUAGGCUCACAGACCUGUAGAUUCACGCAGACACUCAUAUAUUCACACGGAGACUUGUAGAUUCACAUAAACAUACAGACCCAUGGACUCGCAUAGAGUUCCAUUGACUAAUACACAAACCCAUAAUCUCACACACAGACCCAUAGACUCACACCGAGACCCACGGACUCUCAUAGACACCUAUGGUUUGCAAUGCGUCAUUCAUACAUUCUCCACGAGACGGGCGCACACAGCCCACGUAUCUUCUCAGGAGGACCGGUCUGAUAGAGCCCAGCACGGGUACAUCACCAUCAUCAUCACCAUCAUCAUCAUCGCCAUCAUCAUCGCCACAUGUGUCCUUUUGUGUUCCAAAUAUCAAUGAGCAUACCUGUCAAACCUUUAUUAGUACAUAUCUUAUUACAGACCAAUUCAGACCUUAUUGGUCACUCCGCAACCUUUAUACAUCUUAACGUUCAUCCCUCAAAGUCCCAUCACAAGAGAAAAACACCAAAAAAUAGACAAAAAAACUGUUUUUUGCCCUCAUUGAAACGGCUGUACGUCGUUUGGACCUGAAAACUCAAUUACCCUGCACAAGAAUACGGGUAAACCGUACGGGUAGACAGCUAUGAAUGAAAUCUUGACGUAAAGCUUUCAUGACUGCAGGAAUUCAUAUUCUUUGGGUCUUUCGGUAAUGUCACGUAGAUAGGUUCAAAGAAAUUAACAAAAAAACUACGACGUUUCGAUAUUUUAAGAGCAAAGCGACUGUCCUUUUCGGAGCACAGUAAUCCAAAACAAACAUUUAUUUUCUUGGCUCCCUUACAAUCGCCCAAAAAUUCGUAUACCACCUGGGCGUGACUUUCGGAUUCACGUGAAACAUCGAGCAACCUCCA